GGUUUUCCAUUAUGGUAUCUUUACAAGGAGGAAAUGGCGAAAAAGGGAAGAGAAAGGGAAUGUACACCGGAAAAACCGCCCAAAAAAGGCGUAAGGAUGGAAAGUUAAAAAUAAAUUUUGAUGAAGUGACUUUGAGAGCAAUUGGCCACAAUCACGGUACUUGGGCACGUGAUUUGGGACUUCUUGCAUGAACUCAUUUACCAGUUCGAUGUGAAGUACCCUUUAACAAACUAAGUGACAAAGUUAAAGUCCCUAUUUAUGAAGGGAUGCUUGAAAGAUUUGACUUUGUAAUGUUACCAGACAUAAAAAAGGUUAUAGAUGAUCAAAUGAAGGAUUCACACAGAAGUUGGCGGUGUUCAUUGCGCAAAUACUUUAAGAAAAUUGGUGGGGAAAUAUCACCAGAAAUUGCUAAGAGAUUACCCCCUGACGACAUAAUUAAUUACGAAAAUUGGGAGUGGCUUUGUGAUUAUUGGAGUACUGAGGAACAAAUAGAACUGUCCAAGCAAAAUAUGAAGAACCGCUUAACAAACAAAGGCUAUAACAGUUCACAUGGAUCAAAAUCCUAUCCUGCUCAUCGUGAAGAACUAGCAUAUAAAUUUUUCAUUAGUUAUAUAUAUUUUUUUAACAUUUUUUACUCUAAUUCAAAAUAUUGCUACAGAUGAAUCUGGAGACUAAUCAGUUUGUUGGUGACAUUGAAUUCCACCGGGUUAUGUAUACCAAUCACAAAACAAAACAAUGGUGCAACCCGU